AUGGCAAGUAGACGGUACAGCGAGCAUCUCAGGCAGACCACCCUGCGCCCCACGUCCAUCUCACGGUGGCUGACCUCUUCGACCGCCCUGCCUGCACAAAUAGUCAAGGCCCACGGAGAUGACGAGACGGCGGAAGACGCUCAGCCGCCUCAAGCGCAGCCUCCCCUCCCUCCGCUUCCUCUCAAGGCUCACUUUAUGUAUGGCACGCUUCUGUGGACCAUGUUCUUGUCGGGGUGGAAUGACGGCACGCCUGGGCCGCUUAUCCCGCGCAUACAAGAAGUCUACCACAUUGGAUUCAUAGUCGUAUCGCUCAUCUUUGUCUUCAACUUCCUGGGCUUUGUCACUGCGGCUGCUCUCAAUGUCUGGCUCACUGAUAAGUACGGUCUUGGAAAAGUCAUGGUCGUCGGCGCGGUAUGCCAAAUCGUAGGAUACUGUUUGGCGGCGCCAGCCCCGCCUUUCCCUGUCUUCGUACUCGCACAUCUCUUCAACGGACUGGGGAUAUCUCUUCAACUCUCGGGCUCAAACAGCUUCGUAUCCAGUUACCGUCAGAACGUCUCAACAAGGCUGGCUUUGCUACACUCCAUAUACGGCGCAGGAGCCUUGGCUGCACCACUUGUCGCGACGCAGUUUUCGCAGAUGACUCACUGGUCCUUCCACUACCUCAUCUCACUCGCCAUGGCGGUCGUCAACAUAACGCUCCUGGCGGCGGUGUUCCGGCUGAAGACGCACGACGAGUGUCUGCGCGAGAUUGGUAUCACGCCUGCAACGGACGGGGCGACAGACGAAGUCACAACGAGCAAGUACAAGCAGAUGAUGAAGCUCCCCAUCGUGCACCAGCUCGCGCUCUUCAUCUUAAUCUAUGUUGGCACCGAAGUUACGCUCGGAGGGUGGAUCGUGACGUACGUCAUCGAUCUCCGUGGCGGAGGACCCUCGUCCGGAUACAUAUCGUCCGGAUUCUUCGGAGGCCUCAUGGCGGGCCGUAUCUUACUGUUGGGAGUCAACAAACUCCGAUCGGUCAUGCGUGCAUACAGACUAGAACUCGUCGUCUGGUUAGUGCCCUCGCUCGUCGGCGGCGCCGUCGCCGUCGCGUUCGUCGGUAUGCUCCUCGGGCCCAUGUACCCCCUCGUCGUGAACCACGCGCGGCAAGUGCUUCCCCCGUGGCUCCUCUCGGGCUCGAUCGGUUGGAUCGCGGGCUUCGGACAAGCUGGGUCUGCGUUCCUACCGUUCGUCACUGGCGCGCUCGCGUCCAAGGUCGGGAUCAAAGUUCUGCAGCCUGUUAUCGUGUCGAUGAUGGGUGUGAUGGUCACCGUGUGGGUGUUCGUACCCCAUGCACCUCGCCGCUUGGAGUAG